ACAAUUAAAAGAUUACCGAAGUGCCGUUAAAAUGGUGAAACUCAACACAGAGGAGAGUGAAGACCCAGCCUGUGGCCGUGCUGCUCGUCUUGUUUAUGUUGCGUGGAGGGCCGUGAAUACCUAUUGAUUUCAUGCAGACUAUAAAGACACCAUCGAAAUGACCAGCAACAAGAUCAAAACAAAGAAGAGGAACAACACUCAGACCAAGAAGAACAAUGCCCAGGAAAAAAAAUCGAGUACUAAUGAGAAAAAGCAGUUCAGAGAGUGGGAGGCUGCCAGGCGUCACCGCUUCAAUUCUGUUCUGGAGAAUCUUCGGCUGGAGCUGCCAGACUGUGGGCCUAGGGCAAAGGUAGAGGUGAUACAGAGUGCUAUCAAAUAUAUUCAAGAGACCAAGGCUCUGUGGGAGAAUCUGCUUGCAGGAAAUGGAGCAGAAGAACUCAAACAUGAAAUUCACCGUUUGAUGAAGCAGGUGACAGCACUGAAGCAACGUAAUGCAAUCCUUGUGAAGCUUCUACAAGAAACAGGGCUGCGUUUUGAAGCAGAUGAUGGGAAUGGCGAACACAUCUAUACUAUGCCAGGAACCUGCAUCCAGAACAACUGCACCAAUGCUGUGGUGAGAAAGCUAAGCUAUGGACAGUGCACACCUGUGGUCAUCAAGGCUCAAGUUCCAAACUGCAGUGAUGAGAAUGAAGAUGACUCGAGGAUGAAUUGUCUGCCCCACCCUGCUGAUAGAGCCCUUUGCUCUUCAUCUGAAAUGCACACUCUCCCAGCUACCAGUGAUCUGAAAGGCAGCUGCUCCCCUUCAGAUAGCCACCUGAAAGAGAAGAAAAGUGAAGUCCUAAGCAAUAAUGAUAACAGUAGUGCUAGGAUUAGGAGUAAUAUCAACAGUAUUGAUAUUAGUAGUAGUAUUGGUUGUAGUAGUUGUAACACAAUUACUAUUAGUAGCAAUAAUAGUUCCAAUAUUGCUAAUAGUAGUAGUAUUAGUAGUAGUGGUGGUGGAAGUAGUUAUAGUAAAAGUAGUAGUAGUAGUAGUAACAAAAAUAGUAGUGGUAGCAGUAUUAGUAGCUGUGAUGGAACUAAUGUUGAUAAUGACAGAAAGAAAGUGGUUACACCAAGUUCCAAGGCUGUGUUCAACUCUACUCAAACUGUGAUAAGUCAAGAAAAUAAUAAUAGCUUAAACUUUCCUCUUGUUAAUAAUAAGGAGUAUUCAGUGAUGGUAUUAUCACAGUCAAGUGCCAACAGUAGAAUGGAGAGAAGUGUGUCUGAGAAGGAGUCUGGCUUGAAUACUGAAUGUCAAGUGGAAAGAAUUACUAUGCUGCCAGAUAUUGCGGAAGAAGAACAAAUGAGUAGAGAUCGUUCUUGCAAGGAAGAAGUCAUAGUGGAAGGUGUUGACAAGCAUGGAACAGUUACUGUCAGCAUCAUAGAAGAGGAAGACCCUAAUAUUAAUGAUUUAUCAACUAAGGAAGCUGCUAAGGCAGGAACAGAGAAAGUUUCAAAGCUUCCAGAGGCUGGAAAGGAAGCAGGGUUUUCAGCAUCUGAAACCUGUGUUGUGAUGCAGGAACUACAAAAUGUAUCUUUACAAAAUGCUUCAACAGAAAAUCAUAGGCAACCACCAUCCUGCACACCUCCCUUGCCAUCUCAUUUACUUAACACUCUAACCAGCCACCCACAGAUGGUCACUGUGCAAGUUCAAGGAGAAGAGAAGAACAGUCCCAUUGGACAAAAGGUUGUAUUCCUUCAGUGUGGCAAUCCAGGUCCAGGUGCUAUCCAGCUGGUCUCUCCUGUUACUGAUAACUCCCAGUUGACAUAUGUGACAUCCUCUCUCCCUGGUGUACCCAUCAUGUCCACAGGUGGUCCAGCUCCUCUAGUGCAGGGUGGAAGAAUUAUGAAAAUGGUUAAUAGUUCUCCUCUAUUAUUAUUACCUCACCAGUCAAUCAUCACACCUACAGCACCUGCAGCAAAACUGAAGCCCAUUGCUCCCAAACCUUGUGCUUGUAAGCCCGUAUCAUCCUGUCCGUCUCGACCCUUAGUAAGUGUGUCUGCUGUUGUUUCCAAGACCCAGUCGUCCUUUAGCAAAAAGGAGACAACUCAGACUUCCCAAAGAACUCCAUCAAAGCCUAAGCGCAGUUUUGAAAAAAUAGAUUGCAAACCCAUCAAACGGAGCAGAACAUCCUAUGAUCAAGAUGUAGCAUCAACAUCUAAGAUAAGUCCCUCCCUAAAGACUCCAGAGCAGCAGAAGCAGCAACAGCCCCCUACAUCACUCUCACUCAGGGUUCCACAGAAGGAGAUUACUAUGAGCCAGGUGCAGAUCCCUGAUGAACAAGGCCAGGACCUUCAGGAAAUCUCCACCUCAACACUAACUGGUCUUGUUCAUUCAUCAGGCAUAAUGGACUGUGUUGAGGAGGAUGCCUUGGGAAAUAUUAUGGAUAUCCGAGUCGUAGAUAUGCCCUGUGUAAUGCCUGAAAACAUGCGUGGCUCUGCCAUUGAUGCAGGAAAUAAUGCUGAUGACAGGCUGGUUGAAAUGCUACGUUCCAUUGAUGAAAGUGACCCCAGAUCUUGUGACUUUUCCCCACCCUCAUCACCUCCAGUGGUUAGCUCAGAAAACUUCAUAAAGCCAGCAAAAUUAUCAGACCAACAAGAAGCCACCAAGGUAGCACAAGCUGAAACUCAUAGCCACAGGGACAAGGUAACUCCUGUAGAAGCAAGCAGUCAAAAGAAAACUCCUAGAAGCCCUUCACCAUUAACACUGAGGCAAAGGGGAUCCAUGGAAUGUGUUGUUAGCUCCAGAAGUCCCACAGAAAGUUUUUUAAGCAGCAGCUCCUACAGCAUCACCUCCUUAUGUCUCUCAUCCCGGGCUCCUAAGGAUAUUGACACGUCCAUCCAGGAUAUCCCAACCAGUUCAUUCCCAUCAACCACGAAUGGCUUCAUAUCAGAACUUCCAUAUGGAUUGCCAGAAGUUACACCCACUUCCUUACUUACCUCAAAACCAUGUAACCAACCUCUGAGAGUAUCCACACCUCUUAUUCCCUCAAACUCUGUAUCUUCUUCUGUAAACUCCUCACUCUUGUCAAGAGAGCAACUUCCAAAGGCUUCUUCAGCACCUUCUAUUUGUUUGGUAACAGUUUCCUCACCAUCCUUCCUAUCCCCCUCGUUACCUAGACCUCCUUCUAAUCUGCCUCCUUCCUCUCACUCUUUUAAUUUAAAUCUUUCAUCAGUUUCACUCCCUCAACUCUCCCUGUUCCCUUCAGAGCAGAAUUCUUCCAAUUUUUUGUCAACCUCUUCCACCACCACCACUAAUUUUAUCACUUCUACCACCCCUACCUUUACCUGCGCAUUAACUUCGACCACAAACUCCACCUCCACCUUCCCCAUCAUUUCCUCUUCAUAUUCUUCCUCUCUUCUCUCUUCCUCUUCUUCUAAACCAGUGUCACGGAUAGCCAUUGACCCCCUUGUGCAUUCAUCAUCUUUAUCCACCUCCUCCCCAUCUAUAUCCUCCACCUCCACUUCCUCUUCCUCCACCUCUAACUCCAACUCCACUGUCACCAUCUCUUCCUCCUCCUCCUCCUCCUCCUCCUCCUCCACCACCAUCUCCAUCUCAUCUUCCAUCAAUACCACAUGCUCGUCAACUACCUCCUCCUCAUCAGUUUGCAGUAAUUUAAUCCCAAACUUAUUCAUAAACUCACCUUCCAUUUCCACUACCCCUAUAUCUCAUCCACCCUCCAUUGCUCCCCUCUCUUUGUCAUCUGCUGCUACAUCACACAAGCCUUGUUCAUCUUCAGUCAAGCAACCACCAACCAGCACGUCUUAUUUAGCGUCUGUUGAUUCUUCUAUCUCCCAAACACUUAGUCAGAAGUCACAGGAAAUAUCAGGCCCUGUCUCAGUACCUCUUUCUGUUCCUCUUCCUGUAUCAACUCUACCUACUCCUGUGUCUCAUCCAUCAUCAUCCACCUAUUCUAUUUCCCUUUCUUCAGUCAAAAGUACUUCAUUGCCAGGGAUCCCAUCUUCUUUGCCUGCAAUCUCUCUCUGCUCCCCCACUGUUACUGCUAUUCCGCUUCACAACAGUGAUUCAUCAUUAUCAUCAUCAGCAACAUCAGUGUUGGUCUCGUCUCCACUCUCUCUGUCAUCUUCAUAUCCAAAAUCACUGCCCUCUUCAUACCAAAUUGCUUCUCCAUCCUCAACCUUUUCCUUCUCAUUGACAGCCCCAUCUACUAUUUCUACUUUGACCACUUCCACUAAUUCAUACUCCUCUACUUCUUCCAGUGGUCAGACUAAUAGUGUGGUGCCAAUACCUAGCUGCACCUCUAUGUUCUUUUCUGCUCCUUCAAACAUACCCCUUUCAACAUCAUUCCUACAGUCUCUACAAUCACUCUCAUCCACUAGCACCUGUGCCCCAAGUCCCCUGUCUGCUGAUGCCCUGAGUGCUCUCCCAGGUUGUGCUACCCUAUCUGGACCACCCUUCACAUGUGCACCUUCUACUUUCACUUCUUUGAUGAUGCCAGUUACUCAAACAACCCUUAUGCCAUCAUUGCCCACAGAGCCAUUUGUCAGUGUUGGGUUUGAAGGAUUACCCCUUGCCUCUCCUGUGUUUACUACUUUGGGGGCAAAGAUGCAUGAAGCUGGCAAACCAGAUCCCAUGGGAGCAGCAAACAGCUCACAUCUGCACCUCUUGGAGACACCUUCAGCUUCAGCUGAUACUGUUCCAAAUUUCACGGCAUCAUUGGGAUCCUCAAUCCUUCCUCUUUUGCCCCAGCUAAGAACAGGUCUUGGAGAGAUUGAUGAGAGCAAAACAAAAACUUGUCACAGAAAAAGUGACAUCAAUACUGAUGAGAGAUCUGUGGACCCCACACAUGCCAGUGCACCACCCUCUGCACAGGCACCUGUAGUAGCAGCAUUGUCAACACCUACAACAUGUACAUCUUCGGUAGAGACUAUUAUUACUUCAUAUGAACCAUUUUGUCAAACAAAAUCCUCCAUUUCAAUCUGCCAAAGAGUUGAGUCACCAAAAUCUAUUUUCUCCACUAGCUCAAAAAAUGAAGUAACACCUGUUGUUAUUGAUGCCAUUCCAUUAAAUAAGUUAAAGUCUUCUUCACUGGGAUCAUUGUCUUCAUCUGAGAAGGCAGAGAAUACACCUGCAUCAAAGUGCAUCAAUACUGACCUAAAGUCAAUCCGUAAAGAUUCAACAAACAGCACGGCUGCCUUCGAUUCAAAACCUUUUGGUGAGUCUCUUUCAGUGACAUGUAGAUCCCAGGAAGAAAUGACUGGGUGUAGCAAAGGGCUUCCACAUAAAGAUGCUGCUCAAAUAAAUGAAUCAGAACACCAGAAAAGCAACAGAGUAGCCAAAACAAAUGAAGGCACAGCUGUCAGUUAUUGUAGGAAAAUUCCCUCAACUGCUUUGAAAAUUGAGGAAAAUAGUUCAUUAAUGCUCGAUCUGACAGAACAGCCCAAAGAAAAGGGUGAGGAACAAACCAAGGAUUGUGUGUCACAAGACAGUGAGCCUGUGGGACAAAAGGGUAGAGCUUCUACAAAGAAAUUAGAUGACUCAGAGAAACAGCAACAUCUGAAGGCAGCUGAAAAGAGUAUCUCUUUGAACUCAGAAAUAUCAUAUGAAGAGAAAUCUUCCUCUAAAACAAAUAAGGAUACCACUGUAAAGACAACAGAGUCUGAUAAGCCUCAAACUGCUGUCAUGUCUCAGACAUUUUUGAGAGAAAGGGACUUUGAUACUGAUGGCAGUCAGGCUGAGCAUCCUGUUUCUACGCAUUCCAUUCAACCAUCCUCCUCUAUGGCAAUGGUGUUGUCAAAAGGAAAAGAUGACAUUGCCACCAGUGAAUUACUGUCCCAACAUGGGGAUGAGCAACUGUUGUCAAACAUCUCAGAACAAGAGGCAUGCAAUCAGGCUUGUAACAAAUCAGUGCAGCACAAUCACUCCAGAAAGCAUGAACACAAUAUAGUCAGUGGCUCAGAUCAGUUUAAGUUGAAAACACAGUUGAAGCAUCAUCCGGUUCAGCAGCAACAACUGCACCAACAACAGCAACUUCAACUGGCUCAACCACAACCUCAGCAGCAACAGCAAAAACAAUUGCAGCAGCUGCAAAAUCAACACCCACAUCAGAAGCAGCAGCAGCAACAGCAACAACAACAACAACAACAACAGCAGCAGCAACAACAGCAACAACAACAACAACAACAACAACAACAACAACAACAACCUCAGCACCAUCAGCAUCAGUUGCAACAACAGCAAAAAACACAAGCAUCUCAACAGCAAUUACAGAAACAACAGCACCAGCAGCACCACCAUCAGCAGCACCAGCAGCAGCAACCUAAGGAAUCAAUAGUGACGCAGAAUUCCCCAGCUAGUGGACAAAAUGUGACAUCACAACACAUACCCAAAUACCCAAUCAGUCACACUCAGGUCCAGCAUCAGCAGCAGAAACAGCAACUACAGCCACAACUUCAGCAACAACAGCAUCAUCAACAACAGCAACAGCAGCACCAGCAGCAACAUCCACAUCAAGUAGGACAUCAUAGAGGACAAUCACAUGCUGCAGUAACUCUCAGCCAGUCUCAUAUAAGCCAAGCAGCUUUGCACAAACACCAACAGCAACCUCACACACAGCAUUUAACCUCACAGCAGCCACGACAGCAAAACUCUGUUUUACAACAACAGCCCCAACAAAUAACAGACCAUUCCUUGCUUGUCCAUAAUAGCAACAUUGUCCCAGGUAUCAGUGGGGAAGUGGUAGGAGACGUGAGUGCUGUUGUAGGUGACAAGGGCACCUCAAGUCAAAUAAUGCAAACACCACAGCACCUAGGGAUGGGAGUCUCUGUUCCUUACCACCCCUCUGUGGUCACUGCUCCAAACUAUGUGCAGCCCCCUACCUAUGAUUACAACUCUUAUUGCCGAAAGGCUCCAAACUCCCCAAGGUCUGAUGGUCGACACCAGUGUUAUAGCUACAGCGGGAAGCAGCACCAUUACCAGCAUGGAGAAAUUUUUGUCCCUGAUCCUAAUGUGAUUACAGACCCACGCCUUCCUUACAAUGCUCCCAUGUUGAUGCCAGGUCCCUUCCUUGAUACUACAGAAGACCCCACCCCAAUGCGGCCUGAACCAUCAUCAGACCAUGUCCGUUGCUUCUCAGUGAGCCACCUUGUAAGCCAUUCCAGUGAGUCACGCAAGACCUCUGUCAGUGGUCAGAAGGACAAUACUGCCACCACUCAGCCUGAAGAAAAGUCAAAGGAGUUGCAACGAAGCAAACCAGGAACCAGAAAGUCUGAAAACAAGUCCCGAACUAGUGGAGGAAACAAGAACAGCUCUCAAAUUGAGUCACACUCUCGACGUAGAAGUCCGGCACGAGGGUCUCAACAGAGCAACAGUACUUCAAUCCCUAGUGUGAUGUGGGGCAGCCACAACAGUAGCAAGUCAUCUUCAGCACAUAAACAAGGGCACAAUUACUCCACAGAAGCACUCCUCAGCUCUCAAAAUUACAGCCGAACUACACACCGCUCCCCUGCUAAUCAGAAUUACCCCAUAAUGGCCCCAAAUCAAAUGUACCAGAGCAAUUAUCCUUCACAACAGAUGAAGAACUUUGUUCCAAAUGCAUCUUUUACUUACACAAGCCAUGACAGGAGUGGACAAAGCAGCUGUAACACAGAUUAUAAUUUUCAGCUCCACACUCAAGCUUCAGGAUCCUUAACCUAUGGAAGUAACAUGGCAUACAUGCCAACAGGAUACCCAUACCAGAACAUCCCUCCAUCUUCUACCUCAAUGCUCUCAGGGGACAUCAUGGCUCCACCUCACCCCACAGGGCCUUAUCCACGCUUCCAUGAUUUUCCAGCAGAGCAGAGCAACUUUCCCCCAAAUCCUACAUUUCCUUUAACCCUUGACCCACAAGAUGUGUGUGGUGGUGGGGGCUUGAUGGGAGCAUCUUCUGGGCCCAUGACCACUCGUACAUCUCAUGCAGAUAUGCAGCUUGCCCCCACAUCUUCUGUGUCUACUUCUGUGGCAUUCUCAAGAUCCAGCUCCAACCGCAGCAGCGGCAAUGUGAACACCACUACAAGCAUUAGUACCAGUAUUAAUAAUGUUGGAAGUAACAACAGUGGUAGCAGCAGUAAGAGGUCACGUUAUGGGGACACCACUAUGAUUGGGGGUAGCACAGGGAGUGCAGCCAAUUUAUUAGAGGGAGGAGCUCUCACGCACAUCUCUCUCCAUUCCUUUACUCCUCCAUGUGAUGACCCAUCCCUUGUUCCCUCAAAUCUCUUUCCAAGCACAGCAUCACGUCAUCAAGGGAAUUUCCUUCUGGGUACAGACAACCUAAUGCCUAUCAACACGCCUCAGUAUCCCAGCAGUACCACCAGUAGUGGUAUCAGUAGUGGAGGGACUGGAACAGCAACUCAGCUGGGAGUUGGGGGAGUAAGUGGUGUGCCAGGGACUAGAUCUGGGUCCUCUGUGGUUCUCCCACCAGGGGCAACGCCUGGCCAUGUCCCCUUUAGCCCUAUUCGCAUGAUGGACCGUCAGCAGAUGAACAUGGCUCCACCCCCUGUGGCUCCACACCUCUCUUCAUCCCUCUCCAACUUCAACCUUACUAGCAUCAUCCCAGAGAUUGAUGGAAAGAGUGGAGAAAGCAAUGCUGGCAUGGGGUCAUCCUCCUCACGCAGCAUUGCAAACAAUGAAGCCCUGGGUGGUGCUUCUUUGUCCAGCCAAACACGCCUGCCUCACAUGCCCUCCUCGUUGCUCCCCUCUGCUGACUCAUUUAAGAGUCUUCCCUCUGACUCCAACAGACUUCCUCCACCGGUGCUCAACAACUCCAUGAAUAACAUCUUUACCCACACCCCUCACCACCAGAUGGGCCUUGGCCUAAAUACUUCCUUGCCUCUCCCUCCUACAACCUUUUCCGGCAUCAACUUUCCAACUCCUGAUCAUUGAAUGGAACUCAUCAGACUCCACUUCUCCCACCGGUCCAACUUUAAUAAAACUGUAAAAAUGA